GGAGGGGCACUGACAAUGCAGACGUCUGCUGUACUGGUGGUGCUGCUGGCUGUGGCUUCACACACUGUGGCAAAGCCCAAAAACCGUUUCACUCGCUAUCCGUCAUGGAACACUAAGAUGUACCCGAUCUGGAAGGAUGGAGACCCACGAUACAAAGACUCCUGGAAAGGUGGAAGAGUUUCUUUCAACGUUGGGAACGAUUCACCAACUCUGACUGCAGCCAAAGUUACGUUCACCAUCGACCUGGAGUUCCCACACAACCAGAAAGUGCAGCCUGAUGGAGACGUUGUUUGGGCUGAAGACUGCACAGUCAAUGGAACCAAGUACCGUGAGUCUGAGCCAGUAUACCCGACUCAAAACACAGACUGGGAGGCAGUUUUCCCAGACGGGGCGCCAGUUAAUAAGGACAAGAAGCCAAACUAUGUGUUUGUCUGGAAGACGUGGGGUCAGUACUGGCAGGUGGCGGACGGACCCUCCUCCUCCCUGACCAUCGAUACAGACGGCAUCCCGCUGGGCUCCUAUACCAUGGACAUCGUCAUCUACCACUACCGCAGCAAGGAGAAGUUCAUUCCUCUAGGAUACGCCUCCACUCAAUUCUCCAUCACUGAUCAAAUCCCCUUCGCCGUCUCCCUGGACCAAGUGAACGACAUCGUGGCUGGAGACAUGCGUUUCAUCCAGAACAGAGCGAUCGCCUUCACCAUUACCCUCCACGACCCCAGCGAGUACCUCAGCAACGCAGACAUCACCUUCAACUGGGACUUUGGGGACGAGAGUGGAGCCCUCAUUUCCAGAGAGUUGACCGUCACUCAUACAUACAUUACCUCCGGCUCGUUCAAGCCUCAGGUGGUGAUCCAGGCGGUCAUCCCAGACAAGGCCUGCGACCCACCAGUUGAUCCCCCGACCAAAGCUCCUGGUCCACCUACUGAUCAGGGAACCACAGUGAAAACUGCUGCGCUGGCGUCUGCUGUCCCCAUACUGGUUUCCACCAAGGCAACUGUCCUGAAUGUCAACAUGGUUCCUUCGGACACCGAGGAGGACAACAGUGAGGAUGAGGCCUCCAGUGCCACCAAUGCUCAGCCUGCCCAGGAGGCACCAACAGUGGCCAAGACUCCCUCUCUUAUCAACAAUGAGAUGCCAGCUGUCGGCGAGGCAGCAGUUGCAAAGCAAACAGUGACACUGACAGGCCGAGCUGCAGUGGUCGUAGUAGCUAAGAGGGAUGCUAACGACAAACCCUCCGACGACGACUGUGUCAUAUAUCGUUACGGCUCCUUCUGCACCGGCAUCGAAGUGUUUGAGGGCAUUGAGAAAGUAGAGAUCUUACAAAUGGACAAUGCUGUGAUUGCAACACCUGAAAUGGAAAAAAAUGUCUUGGACAUCACUGUUACCUGCCAGGGAAGCCUUCCAAAAGAAGUGUGCAGUGUGAUUCUGGAUGCCGAGUGCUUGAAGCCGAUUCACACGGCGUGCAACAUGGUGGAGCCCUCCAAAGAGUGCCAGAUGGUGUUACGUCACUUCUUCAAUGACUCUGGCGUCUACUGCGUCAACGUGUCAAUGGCCAAUGACGUCAGCCUGGCUGCCACCAGUGCUAAAGUCAACGUCGACAUUGGUUCAGGUCUGUCCUCGCCUGGCACCAUCGCCAUGGUUAUGGGUGUCCUGGUUCUCGUUCUAGCAGUAGGGAUAGUCGCAUAUUCUUACAAGCGCUUCAAGUCCUACCGUCCUCUGAAGGAAGACAUGAUUAUGUCUGCAGGCCAGCAGCCCAGUCGGGCUCACAGCUGCUCCGGAGCCUCCACGUUCUGGAGUCUUCUGAACAGACGGGGAGCUGUGGACAACUGUCCUCUGCUGCAGGAAAGGCCGGUGUGAGCCAUCGCCAGCCUCACAUGACCAAAUGCAAAACCAGGCAACCUAUGAUUUGCAAGUUAAAGGCACCUCGGUGGUCUUUUUAUACUUUUUGUUACGUAUUUUUUCUAAAUGACAAAUUCAUUUGUAAUAUUUGGGUUUUUCAAUCGAAGGUUUUCCAUUAGACGUGCUCAGACAUUUUGUACCUAGCAGGUUUGGUUGUUGUGUGCUUUGAUUUGGAUCAAACUGAAUUGGUGUUCUUUUCCAAUAAACUUUGCUCAAAACA